AUGGUGUCCUGCCUCCACGAAAUUUUCUUCGACAAUGCCAUAAAAGACGCUGAGCGUUUGGACGCCUACUUUGAGCAGUCCCGUAAACCAGUCGGGCCUCUCCACGGCCUGCCCAUCAGCCUCAAGGACUCCAUUCACGUCAAGGGGGUCGAAACUACCAUGGGCUACGUUGGCUGGAUCGGAACAUUCGAAGGCGAAAAGGACAGCGAAAAGUACAGGAACGUAGAAGCCGACGUGGCAACUCAAUUGCGCACCCUGGGGGCAAUCCUGUACGUCAAGACUAGCGUUCCACCAGCGUCUUGCAGUGCCGAAACCGGCAACAACAUCAUCGGCUACACGACCAACCCAUACAACCGCAUGCUCACCGCCGGCGGUAGCUCUGGUGGCGAAGGAGCCCUUAUUGCCCUACGCGGCAGCCCAGCCGGAUUGGGGACAGACAUCGGCGCAUCCAUCAGGCUACCGUCGCAUUUCAACGGCCUCUACGGGUUGAAACCGAGUUACCACCGGCUCCCACUCAAAGGGCUGGCGACACCAAUGGAUGGCCAAGAUACUUGUGUUUUCGUCGUCGGCCCUAUGGCAACAACAUCGAGGUCCACCACACUGCUCAUGAAGAGCUUGCUAUGCUAUGGCGCCGCCGACGUUCUCAAACAGCUCGCCCUCUCUGGAGAGCCAAUGAACCCUGUGAUGCCCCCUUUCUUCCAUGUCGAUGCUCCCAAAAUCCUGGACGCGACCGAGAUUAUGAAGCUGAACAAGGCGAUCCGUGAAUACCGUGCCGAAUUCUUGGACCACUGGAACCGCACCGCUGAAAUCGCGGCAGCGGGACAGCCUGUUGAUGCUAUCCUCAUGCCCGUCUUUCCCUCAGCCGCACCGAGGAAGGGCAAUGUGAACUGGCUGGGAUACACGGCCAUCAUCAAUCUUCUCGACUACGCGUCUUAUGCAAUCCCAGUGUGCCGAGUUGACAAAAUGAUAGACCUGCACAGACAAUCCGAACAUGUAUCACUCGGGGAAGAAGAUGAUAUUGUACACCGUGACUAUGAUCCUGAGUUGCACCAUGGAGCCCCUGUAGGACUACAAAUUGUUGGCAGAAGGCUGCAAGAAGAGAAGGUUCUUGCCUUGGGAGAAUUCAUCUCUGGUGCUAUGUCAGGCAUUGAUGCUCAGGCCUAA